AGCUCACUGAGAGUGGAUUCGGUGGGCCGAUCGGCCGUGCCUUCCGGCGCCGUGCCACCAUGCGCCUGGCAAGCCACGUUUGUGGGGCCGGAUUCGAUGGCCAGCUUGCGCGGUGAUGGGCGCUGCAGAGGCCCGGGAGUCGGAUUCCGAUACCUCCGAGUCCGAGGAGGACUCACUGGGUGAGCGCGCAAGGCUCAACCGGUCGCGAGAUGACAGCGAGUCAGAGAGGUCGGGGCCUCGCCAGCGCCCUGCUGAGGCCGAGGCGGGGCUUUGCCCCUGCUGCUUCGCGGAGAAGGGUGCAAAGGAGGUGCUCAGGCACACGCCUCGAAGAGAGAAGCCUCCACGAAGUGUGUCCAGGUCGUCUCUGGAUCCCUCGACAGUCGGAUCGGAGGACCGCGAGCGCUGGCCACAGCAGACGCAGCAGCAGACGCCGCAGCAGACGCCGCAGCAGACGCUGGAGGAGCGCGUUGCAGAGCACAAGGCGCAGGCUGCGGCGCAAGCAACGAAGGCGCCUGAGGACGACGUUCGCUCGGAGGCUGCGGUCUCUGUGCGGAGCGGAGUUUCUGCGCGGAGCGAUUUCUCGGUGCGGACAGCGGUGGUGGCAGAGCAGGCGGGUGCCAUGGACGCCGCAAAGCUCAAGGCGUCGCUCAAGGUCUUUGUGCAGAGUAUGGUCCGCGGAAAGGAGCUGCGCCAGGGCGCGGAUCUGAAGCCCAGGAUGUGCAAGCUUUCCAAGGCAGUGGACGCGCUCGUUCUGGCAGAUCCAGAUCAGGAGGUGCCUUUGGGUGAGAUCCUCUACAUCCAUCGGGGCCUCGAGGCGCUGCCGUUGCAGCUGGGCAUCGACCUCGACAACUGCUGGGUGGUGCUAGAACUGAGCAGCGGAGCUGCGCUCAGCUUCCACCUGGGCGACGCUUCACAAGCAGAGGAUUUUACGCUCUUCAUGCGGCUGCUUAGCUCGAUGCGCCGGCAGAAGAGUAAGAAAGAAGCACCACGACAACAGGCGGAGCCGGAGGAUGACGCCAGGAGCGAGGCAAGCGGAGUCAGCGGAGUCAGUGUGCAGAGCGCAGUGAUGAAAAAGACCAUGAGCACCACGGAGACGACAGAGGACCCAAAGCAGGUCAAGAAGAUGUACAAAAUGUUUGUGGAGACAAUGUACCGCGGCCGUGAUUUCUACAUCCUGCAGGCGGACGGGCGGCUGCUGGACGUGGACUGUGCCCUCACUCGCGACAAAGAGACCUUCCGCAUGCGCUGGGAGGGCGCUGAGGAGCGCCGCAUUCUGCUCAGCGCGGUGCUGCAGCUGCGCAGCGCCAAGGAGGCCAAAGCCUUGAAGCUGGGCCUCGGAGGGCUGGAUCGCUGCUGUGCCACUAUGGAGCUCGAGGGGGGCGAGUGCAUUACCUUCAAGUUUGGGCACGAGGAGGCUUGCGACCGCUUCAUCCUUUGCAUGCGGAUCCUGGUGGAUCAGAAGCGUCAGUGCUUCAACUUCGGCGCAGCGGCGUCAUCGCCAAGCAAGGCCAAAACGGCGGCCAAAGCCAAAGGUAAGGUCCGGGCGACCAACACCACGCAGGUGCUGAUCGAGAGCUUUGUGCGGCAAAUGCUGAAAGGCUGCGAGCUGAACGUGGCCAGCGCGGGCGGGAAGCAAAAGGUGACCUGUUUCUUAGACCCGGAUCUGAAGAACCUGAAGGUGCAAGCAAAGGACGGGUCCCAAAAGGAUCUCCCGUUGGCCUCUGUGAAGGCGGUCCACGUGGGUGAAGCCGCCGCCGCGUUGAAGCUGGGCAUCCCCAUGGAUCAUCUCUCUGCAGUCCUCGAGAUGAAAUCCGGAGACUGUUUGACGCUGUGCUUCCCCAAGAGCGAGGAGCGCGAUCGCUUCGCCAUUUGCGUCCGGAUCUUUGCAGCGCAGCCGUAGAGCUCCGGGGAGUGACAACAACACAACGCGCUGGUCGUCCACGGCGAGAUUGGGACUGGCAAGACGUCCUGCGAUGCGAUCGGAAAGGUCUCGAGAUCCCACUGGCGGCUGACAGACCUGAGACCUGGCCAUGGAUGCCUUCAUUCCACGGACUCGAGAUCUUUCUGAAUGGACGUGCCCGGCGCGGGCUCAGCGACCAAUCUUGGGACGCAAAAGUGCAGGAGACA